AUUGGAGGAGCUGAACUUGUCCUGGUGCGACUUCACAGCCACCCAUGUCAAAGCAGCAGUCACUCAUGUUACUUCGAAAAUAACCCAAUUAAACUUAAGUGGCUACAGACAGAAUCUGCAGAUAUCAGAUGUUAAGACACUGGUGGAAAGAUGUCCUUCUAUUGUCCACUUAGAUUUAAGUGACAGCGUGAUGUUGAAGCCUGAGUGCUUCCAGUAUUUUCAUCAGCUCAUCUUCCUGCAGCAUCUGUGUCUUAGCCGAUGUUACCAGAUAUCGCCUGCUGCCUUGGUAGAACUUGGUGAAAUUUCUUCAUUGAAGACUCUUCAGGUAUUUGGAAUAGUGACUGAUAACUCCCUGCAGAUUCUCAAGGAAACACUUCCUGACAUGAGGAUCAAUUGUUCACACUUCACAGCCAUCGCAAGACCAACUAUUGGCAAUAAAAAGAACCAUGAAAUUUGGGGCAUCAAAUGCAGAUUGACAUUGAGAAAUUCUAGCAACUUAUGAUCAUGUGUGAUUGACUUGGAUACUAUGGACAUGCUGGGUAUAGUGAGGCUCUUUGAGAAGCCAGAGUCCUGGAGUACCUUUAAUCUUUGGUCUUGUGCCUUAAUGUAGUUUCUUAAAUAG